UACUUUCUCCUCUCUUUUUUUGGGUUUAACUUGGAACAUAUGUACCAGCAAAGAAAAGCUCAACACUUUUGAUAGAGAGAGAGAGUAACAUAUCAGCAAUGGCUGCUGUAGAUGAUGUGAAGGAUGUUGGAAGGACAGUAGAGGAAGAGCCUGUGUGUGAAAAAAGAGAAAGAGAAGAAGAGGAGGCUGAAACAGAAGCAUUGACUCCGUGGGAGCAACACUCCAGCAUCAUAAGCAUCCCUCGAUUCGACUACAAAGCUCCCUCUUCUCUGCUUCAUCAUUCUCAUGCAGGCUUCCUCGUCACCUGCACCAUCAAAAGAGAGAAAAGUGCUACCAAAGAGGUCAUGUCCAUCCUUGGAAAGUAUAUUGGCUCCAUGCAUGAGGAGAAACCUGCAGUUGUAGAAUCUACUGAUAUGAAUGCGGCAUCAAAAAAACAAAAACUUUGUGUACAAGAGAUAGAGGAAGGCGAAGAGAAGACAGUACCUCUUGAGAAUGAUGUCUUGCAGGAAACAAGAGAAAAUCCAAGUGUUGAGGAUCCCGAAUUAGCAGAUGAAGAACACAAUUCUCUUAUGUCACUGGUUAAGCUGACAAAGAGUGGCUUGCUUCUCUUUACUUUCCCUGUUGAAAAGUUUCCCGAUACAACAAACAUCGUGUCACGAGUCUUCCAAUCUAUGGAAUCUGGAGCUCUGAAGGCACCAAUCUGGUGCCAUCGGAUAUUCCCAGUUCAAGCUACUUGUGGUUUGACAGAGAAAGAACUUCGGGAAACGGUAUCAAAGCUUGUUCAGCGGUUUGUCAAUGAUAAAGACAAUACACUAUCAAAACCCGUAAAGUUUGCAGCUGGGUAUCAGCGUAGAGGUGUGGAGGAGACGAAAGGAAAGAUUCAGAAAGAAGCAUCAGAGGUCCUAGAUCAAUGUCCGUUGCUGGACCGUAUCAAAUGCUUUGAAACUGUAGCGGCCGGAGUGACAGACAUUGUACCAGAUUCAGUUGUGGAUCUCAAAUCUCCAGAGUUAUGUGUUCUGGUGGAACUCUUACCGCUCUCUAGAAUACCAAGUGGCGCCAUUGUAGCUGCUGUAUCAGUGCUUCCACAUAGACUUGUUAGUACAAAGCCGAAACUCUGCAUCAAACCUCUCGUCCCUGAAUCCAAACACAAAAAGGGAAAAAACUGACGGGCACACAUAUCGUUGAUUUGGGAUUUUCCAGAGCCAAAAAAGAUUAACUGAAGUUGUAAACUCUAUGUUUGGUUUUAGAUAUGUGGUUUGCUUUCAGUACUGCAAUGAACGUUAACAUAUGUAUAACCAAUGCCUUAUUCAAGAGAGAACAAAGAAUCUUUUCACUCUU